UUUUUGUUCAAGACAGUUUUUGACUUGGAAGAAGUCGUCUAAAAACUUUAUUUAAAAAAAAAAAAAAGCAAGCUCAGUCCACCGCCUCUCCCUCCCUCCACUCCCACUCCACACCUUCCUAAACAAACCUCCUUAGUUGACCGACUUCACUUCCUUCUCUCACCAAACCUCCCCACUUUUUAUAUAUAAACCCCACUACCCUGCCUCUUCUCUUCCCAUCUUCAACAUUUUCCAUAUUCUCUCAAUUUCUCAAUACACACACAGAAUCAUACACACUUCUUCUCUCGCUUCUUCAAACUAAAUCCUUCUUAGUCUCACACUAAGAAAACAAUCAAACAAUCAUGGCCUUGGAAGCUCUGAAAUCACCCAGCACCGCUCCUCCUUUCUCUUUCGAAGACAUGGAGAAUAAUAAUCAUUCCCGCUUUCACGAGCCUUGGAUGAAAAGAAAGCGCUCUAGACGACCUCGUUUCGACGACGACGACGUCGACAACCACAACACCCCCUCUGAAGAAGAGUAUCUUGCUCUCUGCCUCAUCAUGCUCGCUCGCGGCCACGGCGGCCCUCCUCCCAAACAAGAUAACCGCGAUGCUCCUGCUCCCGCCUCCGUCGCCUCUCAGCUCCCGCCGCAGCCCCCGGCUUUGAAGCUUUCUUACAAGUGCAGUGUUUGUAAUAAGGCUUUUGCUUCUUAUCAGGCUUUAGGUGGACAUAAAGCCAGUCAUCGGAAGUCGUCAGCGUCUUCGACUUCCGAUGCUGCCGCUGCCGCUGCUGACAACAAUCCUGCCACGUCCACUACCACCGCCUCGACUACAACUGCUGCUGCUGCUGCUGGCGGUGCCGCCCCUACAAGUGGUAGGACCCACGAGUGCUCUAUCUGUCACAAGACUUUUCCUACGGGACAGGCCUUGGGUGGUCACAAAAGGUGUCACUAUGACGGAGCGAGUGGAAAUAGUGGUGCGAGUGGAAAUAGUAGUCUCACCUUGUCGGAAGGCGGCGCUUCCAGCCAGAGUCUUAGUCAGAGCCACCGUGGUUUCGACCUGAAUCUGCCUGCCUUUCCGGAAUUUCUUGACGUCGGUAGGAGAAUUCAACUUCCCGGUGACCAAGAGGCGGAGAGCCCUUUGCCGUUGAAGAAACCACGGUUGUUGAAUUAUCUUCAAGAUUGAAGAAUUACAGUUUGGAAAAAAGAAAAAAAAACAAUUCAUGAUUUUUUUUUUUUUUUUUUUUUUUUUUUUGUGGUUUGUGUUGACUUUCGCUUAUUGAUGAUUGUUUCUGUACAGGGAAAAUUUGUUCAUUAAUUUGCCUCUGUAAAACUCCAUAAAUUAGUGUAUUAUUUGGCCGAUUUAUUAUUCAAUUCAAUUUUUAUUCUGGAUA